GGGGUCGGGGGAGGGGGCAGCAUGGCCUGGCCGUCCGGCCCCUUUUCCAGCGCUCAGCUGCCCCGGGAGAGUGGCGCUGCUCCUCGCCGGGAGAAGUAGUCCGAAUGGAGACCGAAGCCAGCCAGCCCGGCCUCGCCUCCCCGGACUCUCCUCACGAUCCCUGCAAAAUGUUCAUCGGGGGACUGAGCUGGCAAACGACGCAAGAGGGCUUGCGGGAGUAUUUCAGCCAGUUCGGCGAGGUGAAGGAGUGCCUGGUCAUGAGGGACCCGCUGACAAAGCGCUCCAGGGGGUUCGGCUUCGUCACGUUCAUGGACCAGGCCGGGGUGGACAAGGUCCUGGCCCAGUCCCGGCACGAACUGGACUCCAAGACGAUUGACCCAAAGGUCGCCUUCCCGCGCAGAGCACAGCCUAAGAUGGUAACCCGAACUAAGAAAAUAUUUGUGGGCGGCCUGUCUGUGAACACCACCGUGGAGGAUGUAAAACAAUAUUUUGAGCAAUUUGGGAAGGUGGACGAUGCCAUGCUGAUGUUUGACAAGACCACUAAUCGGCACCGAGGGUUUGGAUUUGUCACCUUUGAAAGUGAAGAUAUCGUGGAGAAGGUCUGCGAGAUCCACUUUCACGAGAUCAACAACAAAAUGGUGGAAUGUAAAAAAGCUCAGCCAAAGGAAGUGAUGUCACCCACUGGCUCUGCAAGGGGACGGUCCCGGGUUAUGCCUUACGGGAUGGACGCCUUCAUGCUUGGCAUCGGCAUGUUGGGUUACCCAGGUUUCCAGGCAGCCACCUACACAAGCCGGAGCUACACCAGCAUUGCACCUGGAUAUACCUAUCAGUUUCCCGAGUUCCGGGUAGAGCGGACCCCUCUCCCGAGCGCCCCUGUCCUCCCCGAGCUCACAGCCAUACCCCUCACUGCUUAUGGACCAAUGGCGGCAGCGGCGGCCGCAGCGGCUGUGGUGCGAGGGACAGGCUCCGCCCCCAGCCGCACCGGCGGCUUCCUGGGCACCACCAGCCCUGGGCCAAUGGCCGAGCUGUAUGGAGCAGCCAACCAGGAUUCGGGGGUCAGCAGCUACAUCAGCGCGGCGAGUCCCGCCCCGAGCACCGGCUUUGGCCACAGCCUAGGGGGGCCUUUGAUUGCAACGGCAUUUACCAACGGCUACCACUGAAGCUGAGGACCAAGAAAACAGAAGAUUCCCCAGUGAGCGCACCCAGGAGAGCGAGCUGGAGGAGUCAGCAGACCCGGAGGGAUGAGCCAAGAUUUCAUUUUUGUUCAAAAACUGCACACGUGUGGCUGUUAGUGGGCUCCGGCCAGCCCCCCUCUCCCCCGCUGG